UUUGCCAUUUCAGGUUCCCAAACCAAGCCCUUCACGUCACUUCGCUUCCUGACCGAGCCCUUGGACGCCGUCACCAUGCGCGGCGGCGCGGUGCUGUUGAACUGCGUGGCCGAAUCGGACCGCGGAGCCCCCGUUCUCAAAUGGAAGAAAGACGCCGCCUUCCUCAACCUGGCGGUGGACGAGAGGAGGCAGCAGUUGGCCAACGGCUCCCUCCUCAUCCAAAACAUCGUCCACUCCCGGCACCACAAACCCGACGAGGGGCUCUACCAGUGCGAAGCAUCCUUGGACGGCGUCGGGGCCAUCAUCAGCCGAGCCGCUAAGGUCAUGGUAGCAGGCUCCGAAAGCGAUUUCGCCGCGCUUUUCGAAGCAUUAACGGUCAAUAAAGCGGUCGCCGCUAAAAG